AUGGCCCGUGGUGACUUUGAGAUCAUCACGGUGCCCGACCAAGACACUCCCACCACAGCUGAGAUAAGCAAUCCCAGUGAUACUGAAAUCACUUCGAAACCUCAGGACUCGACAACUUUCGAAAACGCAGCCUCGUCCCCUUCUCCGACCCGCGCCAGGCACCACGACCAACCCUUCUCCAAGAUGCGCGCAAAUUUUGGAGACGGUCCUUCUUCUGAGUUGUCAUCACCAUUCACAGGCUUCGACACGACUCACAGCCGAAGCGACCCUGUUCCGUUGCAUUUCACGACACAGCGUGUGGACAAGAUGGGUCGUCCCCCAAGCCUUGGUUCUGCCGGCAUCAUGGCAGGUGAGACCAUGGAAUCUUAUCACAGCGGCUACACAUCCGAGACAGAAGAUGGGCGUGCAGAUUACAUCCUCGAGGCCGGGAUGAGAUCGCCCGGGUCCAGGUUUCACGAUUUCUGGGCCGACCGACCGGUGGGCUACGUCCCAGCAUACUGGCCCACGGGUCCGCGCAAACUUCCCUCCGGCCACUACACCUGCCCGCACGAGGGCUGCGAACACCCAGUCGGCCAAACAGAGUCAGGAGACGGCUACAGCCGCACGACACUCGGACCGCACAUCGUCUCCCACGGCCUGUACGAUGUGAGGGAGGCCGUCCGCGACCGUGUCAGGGCCAUGCGCCACGUCCAGGGCCGCAACAUGGACGACGUGGUGAACCCGUACGAAUACUACAGCCAUAUCCCCGGUCACCUCCAGCGGGUGACGGACGAACUGAUCCUGGACCUCGAGGAGCUCAAGAACUGGGAGCAGUCGGACCGCUUCGUGCGUCCUUUCGUGGCGCUGCCAAUGACCAACGGAAACAGCUUUCACCGUUCUCCCCGAGAUGAGAAACACGACCCGCACGAAGCCGCAGAGGAGGCCGACGACGAGUCUGUCCCCCACCAGAACCCGAACCGCUUCCGGAACAACCGGUUCCGUCAAGCGCGGGGCGCCUCUUCUGGGAUGCGCCGGGAGGAGGAGGAUCGCUCUCCAUCGUUUGCCGAGUACUUCAAGCCCUUCGUCGAGCAGUUCCCGGACCCGCCCUCGCCUCAAGAGAUGGAGGCGGAUACGGACAGCAGCUUCGGUCCUCCGAGAAAGAGGGCCCGAAAGCUUCGACGACAGCCGGACGGCUCGUUCCACGACUACGUCCCGAAGGGAGGCGAGGACCCCAUGGAGCUUGACUAA